GCGCAAAGCGCGCUCCGGCGGCUGUCAGGAUGAGGAGGCGGCGGCGGCCGGCGGCCUGGCCCCACGGUUCCCGCGGCGGCCUCGGCGCCCGCUGAGGCCGCACCUGUCCCGGCCUCGGCCUCGCUGUCCGCUCGGGCCGCUCAUGGCGCAGCCGGGCCCCGGAGGAGGAGAGGCCGCGUCCGAUGUUUCUCUCCAGCAGCGGGUGGCAGAGCUGGAAAAAGUCAACGCAGAAUUUUUACGCACAAGACAGCAACUCGAGCAAGAAUUUAAUCAAAAGAGAGCCAAAUUUAAAGAGCUGUACUUGGCCAAAGAAGAGGAUCUGAAGAGACAGAAUGCAGUUCUGCAGGCAGCCCAAGAUGACCUGGGCCACCUCCGGACGCAACUGUGGGAAGCACAGGCCGAGAUGGAGAACAUCAAGGCCAUUGCCACGGUGUCGGAGAACACCAAACAGGAAGCCAUCGACGAGGUGAAGAGGCAGUGGCAAGAAGAGGUCGCCUCCCUGCAGGCCGUCAUGAAAGAGACGGUCCGUGACUAUGAACACCAGUUUCACCACAGGCUGGAGCAGGAGCGAACGCAGUGGGCUCAGUACCGAGAAGCUGCCGAGAGGGAGAUCGCGGACCUCCGCAGGAGGCUGUCGGAAGAGCAGGAGGAGGAAAACCUGGAGAAUGAGAUGAAAAAGGCCCAAGAGGAUGCGGAGAAACUACGUUCUGUGGUGAUGCCGAUGGAGAAGGAGAUAGCGGCUCUGAAGGACAAACUGACCGAGGCUGAGGAGAAGAUCAAGGAACUGGAAGCCUCCAAGGUGAGAGAGCUGAAUCACUACUUGGAGGCCGAGAAGUCCUGUCGUACCGACUUAGAGAUGUAUGUGGCCGUGCUGAAUACCCAGAAGUCCGUCUUACAGGAAGACGCCGAGAAGCUGCGGAAAGAGCUGCACGAAGUGUGCCGCCUGCUGGAGCAGGAGCGCCAGCAGCACAACCAGCUCAAGCACACAUGGCAGAGGGCCAACGACCAGUUCCUGGAGUCGCAGCGGCUGCUCAUGAGGGACAUGCAGCGGCUGGAGGUGGUGCUGACCUCGGAGCAACUGCGGCAGGUGGAGGAGCGCAAGAAGAGGGAUCAGGAGGAAGAUGAGCAGGAAAGAGUCAGCAAGAGGAAGGAGCCCGAGAAGACGGAGGCCGACGAGGAGGCCAGGGUCCCCGUGGUUUUUGCUCCAGUGCAGGACGAGGCCUGCCCCCACUUGGAGGAGGAGCAUCUGGAUAGCGCCCACGGCUCGGUCCACUCGCUGGAUGCCGACCUGCUGCUGCCGUCGGGCGAUCCCUUCAGCAAAGCAGACGGUGACGUGUUCAAGGAUGGCCUUCGCAGGGCGCAGUCCACAGACAGCCUGGGAACCUCGGGGUCCUUGCAGUCCAAAACCCUGGGCUACAACAACAAGGCCAAGUCGGCCGGGAACCUGGAUGAGUCCGACUUUGGCCCGCUGGUGGGAGCCGACUCUGUGAGCGAGAACUUCGACACGGCCUCACUGGGGUCCCUGCAGAUGCCCAGUGGCUUUAUGUUGACCAAAGAUCAGGAAAAGGCCAUCAAGGCCAUGACUCCUGAGCAGGAGGAGACCGCUUCCCUCCUUUCCAGCGUGACCCAGGGGGUGGAGAGCGCCUACGUCUCUCCCAGCGGCUACCGCCUGGUCAGUGAGACUGAGUGGAAUCUGCUGCAGAAGGAGGUGCAGAAUGCUGGGAACAAGCUUGGCCGGCGCUGUGACAUGUGUUCCAACUACGAGAAGCAGCUCCAGGGCAUCCAGUCCCAGGAGGCAGAGACCCGAGACCAGGUGAAGAAGCUCCAGGGGAUGCUCAGGCAGGUGAAUGACCAGCUGGAGAAGACGGCGAAGGACAAGCAGGACCUGGAAGAGAUGAUGAGGCAGAGCGCCGAGGAGUCGGGCCAGCAGAUCUCAGCCCUGGCGCUGCAGACCCGCGCCUCGGAGCUGGCGCUGAGCGAGCUUCAGCAAGCCUUCUCGCAGGCCCAGAGGAACGCCCAAGAGCAGAUGGGCGUACUCAUGCAGUCGCGGGAGCAGGUCUCAGAGGAGCUGGCCCGGCUGCAGAAGGAGAACGAGAGCUUGCAGGGGAAGCACGGCCUUCACCUGGCUUUGCAGCAGGCCGAGGACUUUGUCCUCCCAGAGGCCGCCGAGGAGCUACGGGAGCUGGUGCUGAGGUAUCGCGAGAGCAUGGUGAGCGCACGGACCGCGGCCGACCACGCGGAGGAGAAGCUCAAGGCCGAGAUCCUCUUCCUGAAGGAGCAGAUCCAGGCCGAGCAGUGUCUGAAGGAGAACCUGGAGGAGACGCUGCAGCUGGAGAUCGAGACCUGCAAGGAGGAGAUCGCGUCCAUCUCUAGCCUGAAAGCCGAGCUGGAAAGACUGAAAGCUGACAAGGAGCAGUUGGAAUCGGGCCUCCGAGAGCGGACGGAGCAGCUGGAGAGCCUGCGGCAGGCCGAGAUGACGUUGGAGGAACAGCUCAAGAGGGAGACAGCAGCCAAGACCAACGUGGAGCAGCUGAUGUUUGAAGAGAAGAACAAAGCCCAGCGUCUGCAGACCGAGCUGGACGUUAGCGAGCAGGUGCAGAGAGACUUUGUCAAACUGUCGCAGACGCUGCAGGUCCAGCUCGAGCGGAUCCGGCAGGCAGACUCCUUGGAGAGAAUCCGGGCCAUCCUGAAUGACACAAAACUGACGGACAUUAACCAGCUCCCCGAGACAUGACGGCCCGCGCCACGGACACCCAGACUUCACUUGGGGUUUUUAACUCAUCUUUAUAGCGAUGUUAAUUAUUAUUUAACUCUUAACGGAAGGAUCUGAAGAGAACAGGGAAGGAGCAAAGACUUUGUUGUGCCAGCCGGGCAGGAAAGGACGUCUUCACGGGAGCUUGGUGGCCCUCCCGCGCUUGGCGUCCGGCUUCCCCUGUGGGGCCCUGACCAUUCCCCGAAGCGGUCCGGGGCUUUUGGAACUAUACUGACGGUCCCGAGGAGGACGGCCUGACGGCAGCACCCCUCACUUUCUGCUGGGCCGGGGCCGGUCCGCGACAGUGUUUGGCUAGGAGAUGGGGUGGGUCUGCCGUAGGAAUAUUUUAUAUUAAAAUACGACUUGGCGAGCAGGUGGUUGGAUGGCGAGGGCAGCGCCAGGCCAGUACAAAGCCGCUGUCUUGCCCGGGGGCCCGAGCUCCCACCAACUUCCCCACGUGAACCCGCUUAGGUCAGCGUGGAAGUGUGGCUCCGGGAAUGCACAGAGGUGGGAGAAAAGCACAAACACGUGACCUGGAAGCCCUCGUCCACCCAGAGCCGCCUCCUCAGGAGGACCGCCAUCCGUGGUGGCCAGCCUCCCUCCCCCCCUCGACUUUGCCAUCUCGAAGACUGAAUGUGCCCGGACCCUGCCUGGGGAAAACGGCCGGCUGUUUGUUAAUUUCUGGAGGGCUUUUUUGGUAGCUUUAGAGUGAUAGCUACAUUAAUUGGGGGCAAGCCCUGCCCUGGAGGAAGCGUCCCACUGAGGCCCCUGGAGUGCCCUUGAAAGCCUUGGGAGGCUGCAGAUGGAUCCAAAGGGAAGGGAUGGAGAGGUCCCUGGCAUCCGUUCUGACAGCCGAAGCAGCCCCCCUUUCCCCAUUCUGUACCCCCACUCCCCAGAGACAGAGUAGCGGCCAAGCGCGCCGUCAGUGUCUUGUGCGAUUGUGGCUGUCAAUCAACUGUAACCAUUGUUAACUGUACUGAAGGUGUGUUCUGAAGCGUGUGCGCAUUAAAAACAAAAGCUGCUGCCCACUGGG